CCUAACAAAAAUAGCCUAAAAUAGACAUCCAGCGAGUUGUCCACAGCGCACGCACUAACAUUAUAAACUUCCGGUGUCAACUAGGUGAAGUAAUGUCGGAAUACUGGAAAUCACAACCAAGAAAAUUUUGUGAAUACUGUAAAUGCUGGAUAACAGAUAAUAAGCCAAGUGUUGACUUUCAUGAAAAAGGAAAGAAGCACCAAGAAAAUGUUAAAAGAAAAAUUGAUGAAGUCAGGAAGAAAGGCAUUACAGAUGCCAAGAAGAAAGAGGAACUGGAAGAUGAUAUCCAAAAGAUGGAGAAGGCGGCAUUAGAAGCAUUUAAAAAAGACCUUGCCAGUGAUCCAGAACUUGCUGCUAAGUACGGAGUGAGAGUCAGAUCAGAAGCAGAAAAAGAAGCUGAUAGAAAGAAGAAGGAGAAAGAAGAGAGUACUGCCAAACAGAAGGCCCUGGAAGAAGUGGAGAAGAAACUGCUAGAGGCCGAGAAAAAGAAGAAGGAGGGGGAGUGGUAUGAGGCAAAGUCAGCAGAGGGUUACACUUAUUACUGGAAUACCGUAACUCAUGAGUCUAAAUGGGUCGCCCCAGAAGUCUAUGUCUCCAUGGAGGAACAGGAGGACAGAAAGAAGAAAGAGGAAGAAGAAGCUGCUAAGCAGGCCAGAUUGCAAGCUGAGCUUGAUUCUUUACCUGACCAGGUAGCAGUAGGACCACUACCUCACGGAGCUACUUCAACAUCUGCCUAUGGACAGUGGUCCACAGUUAAAGAACUUCCGAACCUUGAACUUCCCGAAGAGCCUGUGGAACCAUUGGAGCCCCUUCCUGUUGAAGAUAUUCCCCUUCCUGAGCCCCCGAAAGAGAAGACAGUGAAACAAGAGGGAGGAAGGUUUAAAGAAAAGAGAGUGAAAAGUUUAGCAAAGGACAAUGAGACAGCAAAAGUGACGUUCAAAAAACGAAAAGUUACGUCAGGUGCACGAAAUACUAGGCAGAGGGAUGAAGAAGAUUGAUCACACCUUGACAUCAACAAUCCAGGAAUUAGAACAAACAACUCAAAAUAUCAGUGCUCCAGAUUGGUGUCAGUAAAUGUAGGAAAUAUUCAGUUUCCUAAAUGUCUAACUUCUGUUGGAACUCAGACAUUGUGGUCCUACUGACUUGUUUGACGAUGUACAACUAUGGAGGUAAAGAAAAGAGGAGCUGGAAUAUGAUAAUGUAUAACAACCUCUACCAUUACUUUCAAUUCACUGUUUUUAUCAUAAAUGCAUUUCAAAAGUUUUAUGUGACAAAAUGAAAAAUAAAAAAUGUCAUGUAUAA